UAAGAAGGGCUACAUGCCAACAAAAAUUGAUUCCCGUAGUAUUGGGUUCAGCUUAUAAAAAUGUAGGCAUACAGAAGUUAAUGGACGCGGUUAAUGAUUAUUUGCCCGCGCCAGAUGAGAGCAAUCGGUUAUAUGAUUGCUUCGAGAACGAUUUUGCAGGAAAAGUUUUGAAAAUAAUACAUGACACGCAGAGAGGAGCUUUGACGCUAGUACGUGUCUUAAGGGGAGAAAUGAAGAAAAAUGUGCGUACAAUUUCUGACAAAGGAUUGUUCCGGUGCUAAAUGGAGCUUUGACGCUAGUACGUGAUACAGAUAAAUCCCGG